UUCAUGUGGAGGUCAGAGUGGAAGCAGGUGUGAGAGGGUCCAGCAGAAGAAAACAUGGCUGCCAAAGUGUUUGAGUCCAUCAGCAAUUUUGUCCUGGCCUUAGCUCUUGCAGGAGGCUUGGUGAACUCUGCUUUAUAUAAUAUGGAUGCUGGGCACAGAGUUGUCAUCAUUGAUGGAUCCCAUGGAGUACAGGACAUUGUGGAAGGGGAAUGGACUCACUUUCUCAUCCCCUGGGUACGAAAACCAAUUAUCUUUGACUGCCGUUCUCGACCAGGUAAUGUGUCAGUCAUCACUGGUAGCAAAGAUUUACAGAAUGUCAACAUCAUACUGCGCAUCCUCUUCCGGCCCAUUGCUAGCCAGCUUCCUCGCAUCUUCACCAGCAUAGGAGAGGACUAUGAUGAGCGUGUGCUUCUGUCCAUCACAACCAACAUUCUCAAGUCAGUGGUGGCUUGCUUUGAUGCUGGAGAACUAAUCACCUAUCUGCCGGCGGGGCAGUCCGUGCUCCUCCAGCUGCCCCAGUGA